AAAAACGGCAACAAAUUUUAUUUGUGGAUUAUUGCAACUGCAAUCAACUGGGAAUUUUUUGACUGCAGCGCGCACAUUUAUGGUUCUCGCAGCUGCGCUCAGCAUUAAAUGAAAAGCAAACGAAACUCUCUGCUUUAAAUAAACGCUCAAGUGCUCAUGAAGAAAAAACCUUGAGCGCAGUCAAACAGAAAUUUUAACAGCAGCACGCUUUCUAUAAUCACAUUAACUACAGUUUGCCAUUUCAUAAAGGAAUAACUGAAAUAGACAACUAUAAGAGGAGCAGCAAAAAAAAUACAGCAAAGUAGAAUAGAAACUACUUUGAUUGCAACAUAAAAUUGCCACAGAAAAUUGCAUAAAAUUGCAGUCGCCCCAGACAAAAACUAAAGAAGUAAAAAAAAGAAACCGAAGCGUAGCAGCGUGGGCAAGGAUAGCUAAAAACAAAGGACAUAAGCAAGCAGCUGACCCUUUACAGUAAUUUUGCCACACAGAGCACAAAGCUGCGAGAGCGAACUGAAAGUUUAAUUGCCUCAGCUUGAAAGUGAAUGCAACAAUUAAAAGCAAAAACUUUGAAACAAAAUGCUGUUGCUCAGGCCAAGGCGCCAAUACGCUAAACAGAAGCUAGCAGACGCUUAAGAUACAAAAGCAGAGCGAGACAGCACGAGCGGGCGAGCGAGCGAGACACAACUUAAAACUAAAACUUGAGCGCACUGCAGUUCACGAGCGACCGAAAGCAGCAGCGCUUAAUUUUUAAACUGUCUGCUUCGUUAUUGAAUGGACACAAAAGCAUUCGACAUACAAAUGCAUAUUUGGAAACUUUUGUUAAUUGUUACAAAAUUUGUACGCAUUGGUAUUGCUGACAAAAACGAUUCACCGCCAUAUUUCGAUAGAUUUCUAUACGAGACUGAAAUCGAUGAAAAUGCCGAUUUGCAGAGCACAGUGCUUACGGUCAACGCCAAGGAUCACAAUGAAUCGACGAAUAUUCGAUACCAGAUCACAGGCGGUAACAUAGGCAAUGCAUUUGCUGUACAGAAUACGACGGGCGUCAUCUAUGUGGCCAGUCCGCUGGACUAUGAAACGCGGCCAAGGUACGAACUGCGUUUGGAGGCAACGCGCAAUCGUAAAAACAACUACACCACCGUUGUUAUAAAUGUACGCGAUGUUAACGAUAAUCCACCUGUAUUCGAUCGUCAAACAUAUCGCACACAAAUCACCGAAGAAGACGAUCGAAAUUUGCCCAAACGCAUUUUGCAGGUUACGGCCACAGAUGGCGAUGUAGAUAGACCAAUAAAUAUUGUAUAUUUCCUAACUGGCCAGGGCAUUGACCCUGAUAAUACAGCGAAUAGUAAAUUUGACAUAAAUCGCACAACUGGCGAUAUUUUUGUACUCAAGCCAUUGGACCGGGAUCAGCCCAACGGGCGGCCACAAUGGCGCUUUACCGUAUUCGCCCAGGAUGAGGGUGGCGAGGGCUUGGUCGGCUAUGCGGACAUUCAAGUUAAUCUGAAGGACAUCAAUGACAAUGCGCCACAGUUUCCGCAGGGCGUCUACUUUGGCAAUGUCACCGAGAACGGCACCGCCGGCAGUUCGGUGAUGACAAUUUCUGCCGUUGACUAUGACGAUCCCAACGAGAGCACCAAUGCCAAGCUAAUCUACUCAAUCGAGAAGAAUGUCAUUGAGGAGGAAACGGGCGCGCCCAUCUUUGAAAUCGAGCCCGAAACGGGCCUCAUCAAGACGGCCGUCUGUUGUCUCGACCGUGAACGCACCCCGGACUAUUCCAUACAGGUGGUGGCCAUGGAUGGUGGCGGCCUAAAAGGCACCGGCACAGCCUCGAUACGCGUCAAGGAUCUGAAUGACAUGCCACCGCAGUUUACCAAAGACGAGUGGUUCACCGAAGUGGACGAAACCAACGGCACUUACAUACCCGAAACCCCCAUCCUGACAGUGACGGUGCAGGACGAGGACGAGACCAACAGCUUUCAGUACAAAGUGGUGCCCAAUAGUGGCUUUGGUGCUGAUAAGUUUGCCAUGGUGCGGAAUGCGGAUGGCACCGGUUCGCUCAAGAUUAUACAGCCGCUGGACUAUGAGGAUCCGUUGCAGAGCAGCGGCUUUCGCUUUCGCAUACAAGUGAACGACAAGGGCGAGGAUGGCACCAGCGAUAAAUAUCAUGUGGCCUACUCCUGGGUGGUGGUCAAAAUGCGCGACAUUAACGACAAUGUGCCCAAGUUUGAGCGCGAGCAUAUUGAAGUGUCCAUCUAUGAGGACACCAAAGUGGGCACAAUACUGGAACAAUUUCGUGCCAGCGAUGCGGAUCAAUCCGGACGCUCCGCUGUGAGCUACAACAUUGUGCGCUCCACCAAUCGCCGACGACAAUUUGCCAUAAGCGAUAAAGGCGCCAUUAGCAUACAACGCCCGCUGGAUCGCGAGGCAGUCGAUCGGCAUGAGGUGCAGGUGCUAGCCAGCGACGAUGGGAAUCCCUCGCGCACAGCCACAGCCACGCUCACAGUCAUAGUCAAGGAUGUCAACGACAAUGCGCCUACAUUUGCGCAGGACUACAGGCCAGUCCUGCCGGAGAAUGUGUCGCCACGUAAGAUUAUUGAAGUUGCCGCUCAGGAUGUCGACGAUAAGCAGCGUGGCAAUGGCGGUCCCUUCAGCUUUCGCAUGGAUCCUUUGGCUAGCGAUGAAAUACGCGCGGGCUUCAAAGUGGAGUACGAUCGACGAGGCGACAAAGGAAAUGGUGUGGCCAUCAUUUCCUCGCUGCGUCCCUUUGACCGUGAAGUGCAAAAAUCCUUUGCCAUACCCAUCGAGAUAAAGGAUAACGGUGCGCCGGCUAUGACAGGCACCAGCACUUUAACAGUGACCAUUGGCGAUGUGAACGAUAAUAAAAUGCAGCCGGGCAGCAAAUCAGUAUUGGUCUACAACUAUCAAGGACAGUCGCAGGAUACGCCCAUUGGCCGUGUCUAUGUAAACGAUCCGGAUGAUUGGGAUGUGCCCGAUAAGAAAUAUUAUUGGGAAACCCAGGAGCAUCAUCGCUUCAAGCUCGACACCGAUACGGGCAUACUAACAAUGCGAGCGGGCACCAGACGUGGUCGCUAUCAGCUGCGAUUUAAGGUCUAUGAUCGUGAGCAUGGCCAAGAGGACAUACCGGCGAAUCUGAGCGUCACUGUGCGCGACAUAACAACGGAGGCAGUGCAGCAGGCGGGCUCCAUGCGGCUGGCACACAUCACCGACGAGGACUUUGUGCGCACUUGGAAUGCGCAGCAGCAGCAAGUGGAGCCGAGUAAGCUGGAACGCUUUCGCAACAAGCUGGCGGAGCUGCUGUACACAGAUCGGGAUAAUGUGGAUGUGUUUAGUGUGCAGCUGCGCUCCGAUACGCCGUAUGCGCUGACCGAUGUGCACUUUGCAGCGAGAUCGGCCACACAGCAGCCGUAUUUCAAAGCUGUGCGUUUGAAUGGCGUAGUGCAGAUGCAUCGGGAGGAGAUUGAAAAGGAGGUGGGGCUGAAUAUAACAAUGGUGCACAUAGACGAGUGUUUGCAUGAGGGACGCGGCAAGUGCGGCACCGGCAGCUGCAGCUCACGCACCGAGCUGGGCAAGAAGCCGUACACGGUGAGCGUCAAUCGCACGGCGCUAGUGGGCGUGCGGCUCGAGCUGAGCGCCCAAUGCGUUUGUCGAGCGCGCAAUUUUACGCAGGUGGAGCACAAUUGUCGCACUCAUCAUUGCUACAAUGGCGGACGCUGCGUGGAGACGCGCAAUGGGCCACGCUGCGUGGCAUGCCCGGCGGACUACGAUGGGCCGCGCUGUCAGCAGUCGACGCGCAGCUUUAGGGGCAAUGGCUGGGCGUGGUAUCCGCCGCUGCAGCUGUGCGCUGAAUCGCAUUUGAGCUUGGAGUUUAUAACAGGCGAAGCGGAUGGACUCAUACUAUACAAUGGACCCAUAGUGCCGCCCAAGGCGGGCGAGCAAAUUAUAUCGGACUUUAUAGCGCUGGAGCUGGAGCAGGGCUAUCCACGAUUGCUCAUCGACUUUGGCUCUGGCAGCUUGGAGCUGCGCGUAAAGACAAAGAAAACGCUUAACGAUGGCGUUUGGCAUCGUUUGGACAUAUUUUGGGAUACAGAGAACGUGCGUUUGGUGGUGGAUUUUUGUCGCGCUGCGCUUGUCACCGAAAUGGAGGAUGGCACUGCACCCGAAUUCGAUGACAACGCUUGCCAGGCACGUGGCCAGAUACCGCCAUUUGCUGAAACUUUGAAUCUCAAUCAGCCGCUGCAGCUGGGCGGACUCUAUCGCCAGCAUUUCGAUCAAACUUUAUACAAUUGGCAAUACGCAUUUAGCUCGAAAGGAUUUGAUGGCUGCAUACGCAAUUUGAUACACAACUCGGAGCACUACGAUUUGGCAUUUCCCGCUUUGGCGCGCAACAGUUUGCCCGCCUGUCCGCAAACCAAAGAAGUUUGUCUCAAGACCGAGCACACUGCGCAUUGCUGGCAACAUGGCAACUGUGUGGCCAGCUUGGUGCAAGCCAAAUGCCAUUGCCAGCCCGGCUGGAUGGGCGCCGCCUGCAAUGUGCCCACAGUGCCCACCACAUUCAAAGCGCAGUCGUAUGUGAAGUUCGCUCUAAGCUUCGAGCCCGAUCGCUUUAGCACGCAGCUGCAGCUGCGUUUUCGCACGCGCGAGCACGCAGGCGAACUGUUUAGGGUCAGCGAUCAGCAUCAGCGUGAGUACGCCAUACUGGAGCUGCGACGUGGUCAGCUGCAGUUUCGCUACAAUCUCAACUCGCUGCGCAACGAGGAGCAACUGCUCGCACUCACCGCCAUUUCGGUCAACGAUGGCCAGUGGCAUGUGGUGCGCAUUAGUCGCUAUGGCUCGGCGGCUAUACUCGAGCUGGAUGGCGGCGAGUCGCGGCGCUACAACGAGUCGUUUCACUUCAAAGGACAUCAGUGGCUCAGCAUCGACAAGCAGGAGGGCGUCUAUGCGGGCGGCAAGGCCGAAUAUACGGGCGUAAAAACGUUUGAGGUGCAGUCGGACUUUCAGCGCAGCUGCCUCGAUGAUAUCAGACUGGAUGGGAAGCAUCUGCCAUUACCGCCGGCAAUGAAUGGCACUCAAUGGGGCCAGGCAACAAUGGCCCGCAACCUCGAACGCAACUGCCCAUCGAAUCGACCAUGCUCCAAUGUUAUCUGCCCGGAUCCCUUUGAUUGUGUUGAUUUGUGGAACGAAUACGAGUGCACUUGCAGCGAGGGACGCAUCAUGUCGGCGGAUACCAAGGGCUGCGUCGAUCGCAACGAGUGUCUGGAUAUGCCUUGCCUCAAUGGCGGCACGUGCCUCAAUUUGGAGCCGCGGCUACGCUAUCGCUGCAUCUGCCCCGAGGGCUAUUGGGGCGACAACUGUGAACUAGUGCAGGAGGGUCAGCGUCUAAAGCUGAGCAUGGGCGCCUUGGGCGCCAUAUUCGUCUGCCUGAUUAUCAUAUUGAUACUUGCAUUAAUAUUUGUGCUGUAUAAUCGCAAGCGCAAAACGACCAAGAAGAAGAAGCGCUCUGGCACCGAAAAGGAUGUGCGUGAAACUGUAAUCAGCUACGAGGACGAGGGAGGGGGUGAGGACGACAUGACUGCAUUCGAUAUAACGCCGCUGCAAAUUCCAAUUAGCGCACAAAGUGGCGCCAUGCCACCAGACAUAGCUGCCUGCAAAAUGCCCAUAAUAUAUCCCAUGAUGACGCUGCUGCCGCCUGGACAGGAAUUGAAUGUAGCCUACUUGAUGGAGGAGCGCAAGCAACGCAUCGAUAAGGAUCCGAAUGCGCCGCCCUUUGAUGAUCUGCGUAAUUUUACAUUCGAGGGCAGCGGCAGCAUUGCCGAGUCGCUCAGUUCGCUGGCAUCAGCCAACAAACGUGGCAAACAACAACUCCAACGCAUCUCCAUUCCAGGCACCGACGAUGAGAAUCAAGACUUUAACUAUUUACAAAAUUGGGGUCCACGUUUCAAUGCGCUUGCCGCGAUGUACGUGCAUGAUAAAGCGAAAACCAAACAGCAGCAGCAGCAGCAGCAACAGCAACAAAUACAACUACACGAGCUGAGCAGCGCAGCGGAGUGUGCAACGGGCAGUGGUGCAGGUCCUGGAGGCGGCGGCGGCGGCGGCAGCGUCGUGGGUGUGGCCACAACGGAUGCUGGCAAAGUUGUAUUAUAAAAAUAAAUAGUUAAGUUGUAGUUAAAAAUGAUGUUUCAGCUGUAAGCAUUGCAGGCAGUCUGUCGGGCAGUCAGCCAGGAUGUGGCUUUGCCCCGGCAAUUUACACUAUACAACAAAAACAAAAAAACAAACUCAAAUUCAAGUUUAAGUAAACUUUACUGUUUUUGUAUGUAUGUGUAUGUGUCUGUAUUGUAUGCGUGUGUAUGUAUUUCAGUUAGGCUAGUUUUUAAGCGUGCUAAAUCAAAUAGUUUAAGCUAUUAUUUGCCAGGGCUGCUAAAGCAAAUUUAACAAGUUUAAAAUA